AUGGUUAAGCACUGGAACUAUCCCAAGGACGACGAUCUCGUGGUGACUGCUCUUCGUGGGCUAGCAGCGUCGAACCCUGCGUUGACUUUGAUUCCCUCCGAGAAGGUGGUGUACAAUGGUAAAGCGGCCUUCAAAGUUGCCAUCAUCAGUGGUGGAGGACUGGGCCACGAGCCUCUCCAUGCUGGUUUUGUAGGUGACAAUUUGCUCGAUGCAGCGGUGGCGGGCACGAUUUUUGCAUCUCCUUCGACCAAGCAGAUCAUGGCUGCAGUAAAGGCUACUGCUGAGAAGGAGAAGGGAGUCAUUGCCGUGGUGAAAAACUACACGGGUGAUGUGUUGCACUUUGGCUUGGUUGCGGAAAGAGCCAAAAGAGACGGCUACAAGGUGGAGUUGGUGGCCGUUUCGGACGAUGUGGCCGUGGGCAGAACGCAGAACGAAAUGGUGGGAAGAAGAGGCAUUGCAGGCACUGCCGUGGUCCACAAGACGUUGGGAGCUGCUAGUGCGCUGAAGAAUGCCACCAUAGAAGAAUUGGCUGAGUUGGGCCGCUCGGUGAACGCUGCCUUGGUCACAAUGGGUGCUUCUUUGGACAGAACCACUGUUCCUGGCAGAGAAGGCGGCGACGAAGGUGAGACUACGGGCGCUGACACUGCAGAAUUGGGCCUUGGUAUUCACAACGAGCCGGGCGAAAAAUUACACCCAAUUCCUGAAGCGACCGAGUUGGUGGAUCUCAUGUACAAGAGGUUGUUGGACAAGAACGACAAGGAGAGACACUACCUCGACUUUGAUGACAACGACGACUACGUAAUGUUGAUCAACAACAUCGGCGGUACUUCGUCUUUGGAGCUUUAUGCUCUAGCUCACUACGCUGUGUCGAGAGUGCCAUUGAAGAAAAAGCCUUCGAGAGUCUAUAUCUCUGACUUUGUCACUUCUUUGAGCAGCCCAGGGUUUUCCAUCACCUUGUUUAACUUGGACAAGGCGGGCACAAACAAAUACUCGAAGAAGGACAUUCUUGGGUUCUUGGAUGCUCCCACUAACGCUCCAGGCUGGAAGCCUAAGAUUUACAGCGACAAGGAGUGGCAACAGCCGGCAGAAGAGGUGAAGGAGUCUCCUGUGGCAUAUGCAGAAUUUCCCAAAUCCGAUGUGAAAAUUGAUGGCCAACAGUUCGCCAAAAACCUCCAGAAUGCAAUGAAGUUGUUGAUUCUGAAGGAACCUGAGAUCACAAAGUACGACACUCAGGUGGGCGAUGGAGACUGUGGAGAGACGCUCAAAGCAGGCGCAGAGGCUAUUUUGGCGGCUAUCGACUCCGACAAACAGUUCGAAGACAAUCUUUCUGAUGUCGUGGCUACAGUUAGUGCAAUCACUGAGAUUGUGGAGGACAAGAUGGGAGGCACCUCUGGAGGAAUCUACGCCAUCUACUUGACGAGUUUUGCUAAGAAUUUGAAAGAAGAAAAAGCAGUGAACACCCAGCUGGUUGCGCUGGCCAUGUCCAAGGCUCUCUACGAUGGCUUAUUCAAGUAUACUAAAGCACGUAAAGGCGGACGCACUUUGGUGGACACUUUGCAGCCAUUUGUGGACACUUUAGUGGAGACUGGCGACGUGGCAAAACUGAUUGACGCUGCUCGCAAGUCGUGUGAAAAAACCGCCAAGUUGCAGGCAAAGUUUGGCAGAGCCUCGUAUGUGAACGAAGAGGAGUUUGCCGGAGGUGUUCCUGACCCUGGCGCUGUUGGUCUUUUAGCUAUUUUGGAAGGCUUCACAGGCGCCAAUUGA